CGCCGCCACACGCCGCGGGAGCUCGGACCAGGCGCCUGUCCCUCCUCCUCGUCCCUCGCCGCGGCCGCGAAGCCCCGAGCCGGCGGGAGCGCGGUGCACACCAUGUCGGUCGCGCUCAGCAACAGGUUCCAAGGAGGGAAAGCGUUCGGCUUGCUCAAAGCCCGGCAGGAGAGGAGGCUGGCCGAGAUCAACAGGGAGUUUCUCUGUGACCAGAAGUACAGUGAUGAAGAGAACCUGCCGGAAAAGCUCGCGGCCUUCAAAGAGAAGUACAUGGAGUUUGACCUGAACAAUGAGGGCGAGAUCGACCUGAUGUCUUUAAAGAGGAUGAUGGAGAAGCUCGGGGUCCCCAAGACCCACCUGGAGAUGAAGAAGAUGAUCUCGGAGGUGACCGGUGGGGGCAGCGACACCAUCUCCUACAGAGACUUUGUGAACAUGAUGCUGGGAAAACGGUCCGCUGUCCUCAAGCUAGUCAUGAUGUUUGAAGGAAAAGCCAACGAGAGCAGCCCCAAGCCAGGGCCCCCUCCAGAGAGAGACAUUGCCAGCCUGCCCUGAGGACGCCCCGCCUGGACCUGCCCCGCCCUCCCCUCUCCUCUUCCUCCCCUCUGACCUCGCCGCCCUUCUCGGCUCAUUCCGAUGUGUCUUGUGUGUUGUGUUUGGUCGUUGU